AUGAAAAGGAAGGUCUGGAACUUUGGAUUAAAUAACGGAGGAUUUGGCGGCAUUAAUGGUCUUAAUGGAGGAAAUUUAGGAUAUUUGCCAGGAUUUGGCUCAGGGUUUGGGCCCAAAGAUAUCAAUGGAAUUGAUUCCAAAAUCAGUGAUUGUGCCACAAUCUGGAACUUUGGAUUAAAUAACGGAGGAUUUGGCGGUAUUAAUGGUCUUAAUGGAGGAAAUUUAGGAUAUUUGCCAGGAUUUGGCUCAGGGUUUGGGCCCAAAGAUAUCAAUGGAAUUGAUUCCAAAAUCAGUGAUUGUGCCACAAGUGAUGGCAACAGAACUGGAAUAUGUGUCAGAACUCAAGCCGAGUGCACAAGUCGUGGCGGCAGACCAUUAGGGGCUUGUUAUGCGACCCCACAAUAUGGGUCUAAUCAAGUCCAAGUGACGUGCGGGGGAACAAUCAUAAACAAUGGCACUUAUGAUUACAAAAUUUUCCGAAACCCAAACGCGCCGUCGCCUUACACUGAGUCGAGGGCCUGUUCGGUGUCAGUGCAGAGACUGCGGCCCGAUAUCUGUCAACUCAGACUAGAUUUCCUGGUUUUUGAUUUGAGUCGUCCGCGUGAAGGCACCUGUGAUUCGGACAGAUUUGUGGUGAACGGACAGACACAGAAUAGUAUCAUUCCUCCCGUUUGUGGAUAUAAUACGGGUCAACACAACACUAACCACUUGCAAAUAAAGCAGUUAUUCAUCUGUGAUUCGGACAGAUUUGUGGUGAACGGACAGACACAGAAUAGUAUCAUUCCUCCCGUUUGUGGAUAUAAUACGGGUCAACACAUGUAUAUCGACAUGUCAUCCACCAAUAGUCCGGUUACUCUAAAUAUAUUAACGAUGGGAAACAGGAAUAGACUCUUCGAUAUUAGAGUAUCACAAAUACAUUGCAACUCGAAUUAUAGGGCACCGGCUAAUUGUCUUCAGUAUCACAUCGGAGUCCAGGGAUCUAUUCGCUCGUUUAACUACGACGAGCCAAAUGUAGCCGCACAGGGAGGUUAUCUCAAUAACUUAGACUACACCAUCUGUUUCAAGAAAGAGCCGGGGUUUUGCACCGUUACUUAUUCUGUGCCAACAGUUUACGUACAUAUCAAUGACCCCAAUCAGUCACAGGAGGGACCCAUGACAAUAUCCCCGGGCAGAUAUUUUAAUAUAAUACCCGACACAUCGACUAACAAUGCUGUUGGCAAUGAUCAGGCGGGUGCCGGUCCUUACGACUGUCCAUUCGACUACCUAUUCUUAGCCGGAAGAAGACUUUGCGGCUCAAGAUUUAACGGCCAGUUAUACCCUCCUAUGCCUAACCCGUCGGUCAACUCAGAAGUGACUGGCGAUGAAUGCACUGAAAGGAGAGCGCAAACGGGUUUCAAAGAUCCGGUCGGAAUCAUAGCUCAGUUCGGAUUCUGGUGCUAUAGUCGCCAUCGUGAAUGGAUAAUGGAUUGGAAUCGUAAUGUGUAUAACAAUGCGGUCACCGCUCAGCCAAAUAAUUGGGGAACUGGUGGUCAACGGCCAACACCCGCCUCACAACCGGUCACUACCCAACCCCACGGCUCCAACCAGUCGUGGUGUUGCUUCUGUCUGCCCAUACCCUGCCUGUGCUGUGACUGUUGGGGCUGUGACUGUCAUCUGAUCCCCUGUUGUGACUAUUGUCCCGAUUGA